GCCUUUUCUUUGUGCAUAUAUAAUGCAUUAACAAACCAUCCAAUCACACACCAAAUUUCUUCAACCAUUUCUUCCAAUGGCGCGUUGGGUGAAACCAGAGGUUUAUCCGCUAAUGGCAGCCAUGGGGUUUGUGACCACUUUGUGCGUGUUUCAACUUACCAGAAACAUUUUGAUCAAUCCUGACGUCAGGGUGAAUAAAGAGCACCGUAGAAUGGGAGUGUUGGAGAACGAAGAGGAAGGAGAGAAGUACGCAGAGCACAGCCUCCGGCGGUUCCUCCGGACACGGCCACCUGAAAUCAUGCCAGCUAUUAAUCGCUUUUUCUCUCAAGACAAAUAAUUUCAAUCAACAUUUUCCUUUUAAUUCUUUUUUUAUUUAUUUAUAUUCUCUACUUUUUUAUUUGUUUCUAUGAAUGUAAGAUGGCUUUACCUUUACCGCACCACUUCGUUGUCUUAAUGAUGUUGGAUAAUAACACCAAUACCUUUGUUCUUGUGGUUAAA